AUGCUUAUCUUGUAGCAUGUUACACAGUUACAUAUGAUCAACAAGUCAGGUGAGAGCUAGCAAGAAGAACAGAAUAAUUUUAAUUCAAUUUAUUCAACCAAUUUUUAUACAAACCGCAUGUAAAACACAAAUAUGAAAUCCUGUAUCGCAUUUUUUUUAUAUGGAAUAAUUUUCCAUGCCCGAGCGCAAAUUGAGACGACUCCUUUACCCAAUAACGACUCCAUUAUCCCUUUGGAAGGCCAGCCUAUUUACAACAAAACAUUUUCGGAAUACAAUCAUCCUUAUCUUUUGAACAUACGAUACGACAUAAUCGAGGGGAACGUCACAACUUUAUUAAACGAAAUCACAUUGGGAAACGUGUACUGUACAAAUACAUUCAUGAACUGUUUCAAUUUAUCAAUAUAUGACGUUAUAUCUCUGAUUAAUUUAACCGACUAUACAAAUGCAGAGAUCGCCGAAGCGUUGUCCACCUUAGACUUAAAUAUCAGCAAUCCAAACGAUCUGAUCAACAGCUACAAUUUAACAUGGAACAAGUUUGGUGAUUUUAUACAUUACAUAGAUACCACAGUGUCUGAAAUUUAUAAUUCGUUCGUCAACAUUUUGUCUAGUCCUAAUCAAAAGAUGCCGGUUAUUCUGGACCUGGUCCAAAUAAACAGGAAUGAAUUCUCAUCAAUUUUCUUGUUCGGUACUGAAGAAGAAAAGCUUGACCUAUUGUCCAAUGGUACUUAUAGCAUUGAAAUAUUUAAUCAAAUUUUAGAAAUUGCAAAUCUAACAGACGCACAACUUUUAUCAAUUGUACCUUUGCAAAAGAUGGCGAGAGCAAUUGUGGACCGUAAAUUUAGUUAUAGAGGAAUUCUGGAUUUCAUACGGACGUUAGAAGUCACAAGCAACGAUCUAGAGAAGUUCUAUCUAGCACUCAACGUAACUUUGGACGAACUGUACUCAAACGAAUUGUACCAACAGUCACUUCGUCAACUUCUAAGAAUGUUGAACAAACAACAAGUAAUUGGUACGGCCAUAUCACAGCAUCAACUCAUCACAAGCGCUGCAUCCGUCGAUGUUUUUUCCGCCGAUUUUAUUCGGUUUCUGAACGGAAAUGUUGGUCAAUAUUUCACACUUCAAGCGCACUUGGUAGAAAACGAUUCGGAGAUUGUACCAUUAUUUUCGGAUGCUGUGGUACCCGAAAUACUUUCAAAAGAAAUAGCCUUGUAUGAUUUAAAAUAUCCUCUAGCUCUGUUUACCAAAGUUUCUUUAAAUUAUAACGGUUCGGAAUGGAUCAACUGUACGUAUCUAUCCCAAUUGGAAAACGGAAGCCUGUAUCAGGAGCAACUGGAUGUACAACUGGGAACCAGUUAUCUCCUUUCGAAAAAAACAAAUGCCACUGUAUAUGUUCUCGGAAGUCCGGUGUUUUGUGACGAUAAAAUUCAUGGAUUGGCUAUAGAAGAAGAUGAAGCAAUGCUCAAAUUUACUCCGAUGCUUCCUGAUGUAGUGGAACCCCCACAUCUGAUACCCAUAAGGGAUUCUGCCACUAAAUCAAUGCCUACGUAUAUUACAACGUUAAUUGUAGCAUUUACGGGUUUUAAACAUUUCUACCCUUUGAUAUAGAACCGAUGUUUGUUCAUUCGUUGUAGUUUUGAAACGUCAGCGGCAAAAGUACCGAAUUGUGUAUUUAAUUUUCAUAUUCACACUUCUUGUAAAAGAUUAUGAGAUUAGUUUACUUCAUUUCAUGGUUAACAUUAUUUAUUUAUAGCAAUAAAGCGGGUAAACAUUACUAUGUACUUAUAUAUA